AUUGGAAAAGGCCCACCGGAAGUCUUUGCAGCCAUUUUCACAUCUCAAAUCAAUAUUCAAUUUCUGACGGGCUUUGCCACAAAAGUAGGACACUUUGAGCAGCAUAUUUUGAUACAAAACGAAGAUAUGUACAUAUAUAUAUUGUGUAGCACUAUCAAUUUGUAACUCACCUCGUAAAUACCGUAAAAAUGGAGAUAUUCAGGACAACUUUUGCGGUGAAUUCGAUUUGACCUACUUUUUAGAGAGCGUGUAAAUUUCGGACAGGAAGCGGACACUGAGACACACUCUUUUUGGAAAGGAAGAAACGAUUCAAGAUGACAAUUCAACGCAAACCCACAUUGACAUAGUUUGCAAUAGCUUCAUAAACUACUCAAUUGAUUCAUCUUUAAAUAUUUAGAUGUCGAGCACAUUUCAACAAGAUUUUCGAAGCUCUAAAUAAGUCACGUGAUCCCGUGAAAAAUGGCCUCUGCUGGGAAAAUUCGUCUGCUGCAUAAAUUGCCCACUCGUCGCCUUUUCGCGAAGGCCUCGAAGAACAGUGUAUCAGCAUCCAGUGUGUGCCAGCAGAACAACCAGCUACAUACAUCACAGCCUUUAGCUUCCCUGUAUGGAGGACGUCACACAGUCACAUUCAUGCCAGGGGAUGGAGUCGGACCUGAACUCAUGGGGCAUAUCAAAGAGGUCUUCAGGUUUGCUGGAGCACCAGUUGACUUUGAGGAGAUAGAUUUCAGUUCGAAUAACAGUACAGAUGCUGACAUGGACAAUGCUAUGUUAGCUAUUAAGAGGAAUGGUAUUGCCAUCAAAGGAAAUAGAGAAACAAAUUUUGACACACCAGGGUUUAAAUCAAGAAAUGUACAACUAAGAACUGAACUUGACUUGUUUGCAAAUGUGUUAUGGUGUAAAAGCAUUGAUGGUGUGAAGACUAGACAUGACAACAUAGAUAUCAUCAUUAUAAGAGAAAACACAGAGGGGGAGUACAAGAAUCUUGAACAUGAGAAUGUUUCUGGGGUGGUAGAAAGCUUGAAAAUCAUCACAGCAGAUGCGUCACGGAGAAUUGCUAAAUAUGCAUUUGACUUUGCAACCAAACAUGGGCGGAAGAAGGUCACAGCAAUACACAAGGCAAAUAUUAUGAAACUUGGUGAUGGUUUGUUUCUGAAGUGUUGCAAGGAGGUCUCUGAGCUCUACCCUGAUAUACAAUAUGAUAGCAUGAUCGUGGAUAACUGCAGCAUGCAGUUGGUCUCCAAACCCCAGCAGUUUGAUGUGAUGGUGAUGCCCAACCUUUAUGGCAACAUAAUAAGUAAUAUAGGAGCAGGCUUAGUUGGUGGACCAGGGGUGGUUCCAGGCAUGAAUGUAGGCACAGAUUAUGCUGUAUUUGAAUCAGGCUGCAGAAACACAGGGAAACACAUUGCUGGGAAGAACAUUGCUAACCCUACUGGAAUGCUCCUUGCUGGUGUAGACCUACUAGUAUACCUCGGGCUGGAGCAACAUGCUGGUCUGAUUCAAGAUUCUGUCAUUAACACAAUAAGCCAAAAAGAGUAUCAAACCCCAGAUCUUGGAGGACAGGCUACCUCUACUGAGGUUGUACAAGCCAUUAUAGAUGACAUUAAAUUCAAAACACAAGAAAGAUAUGGUAACAAGUACAAGAAAUCACACUCGUGACGAGGACACUCUGAUAAUCCUAUUUCUGUAUUUAUUAAACCAAGUGUGGACCUUUGAUUAUUUGUGUGGACUAAAGUGUAGACAUUUCUAUGAUAUUGCUAACUGAGAAACCCAUAAGAUGUCUGAGUUGACAUCUCUCAUACAUUCAUAUAUAAAUUAAUGAAAUAUAAGUGUAGUUCCUUGUGCUGGUUACCUUAGAAUUAUUUACAAAAUGUUGUUGCACAAACAUUGAUCAAUACAUACUGUCUUUAAAAGUGUAAGUAUGUGAGAACGACAUUCACACUUAUCUCAUAUGUUUUAUAACGUCUUUUAUUUGACCUCUAUAGCUUUUAGACUUCCACUCCGACGCUCUGAUAAUAAUCACUGUUAGUGUAUGAGAUAGAUACUUCUGUUGUAGUAAUAAAGCAUAUUAAAUUAUACAAAC